AUGAAUGCCUCCGCCGCAAGUUCAAGUGUCCUGGUGGGACAUGGACAAUCGUCGCCUGGAAGGGGCUUUGUUGCUGCCCUCAUAUCCCUCGUGACUUUUCUCCCUCAUGCGUUGUUAUGGACCAUAGCAUUCUGUACAAUUACGCUGCCGACAUGGUUGUUCACUCUGUUUUCCAUGAGUUUGACCUUUACCAUGAAUUUCACCACCCUACUCUUAAUCAUCCUUGCAGUAGUCUCGACCGUCAGUUGGUUCGUCCGCUAUCGUUUCCUGAAUUAUUACACCCACCUACCUCAAGAACCACAGAGGAAGGAGCCGCAGAUAGAUCUAUUUCCAGACUCACAAGAUGGAGACUCGAAACCAGGGUUGGCCAACUACCUGGACGAAUUCCUUAGCGCAAUCAAGGUGUUUGGGUACCUGGAGAGGCCCAUCUUUCACGAAUUGACGCGGACGAUGCAGACUAGGAAGCUCAUUGCUGGGGAGACAUUGCUGCUCGAGGAAGAGAAAGGGUUUUGCUUGGUUGUGGACGGUCUGGUCCAGAUAUUUGUCAAGUCUUUGAGAGACUCGCCCGACGGCAGCAGCACCGGUCAAAUUGACUUAUUUGACGAAGACGAAGGAUAUCGCGAAGGCAAUCAGGGAUAUCAGUUGUUGACCGAAGUUAAGAAUGGAGCGUCAAUGUCCUCUUUAUUCUCAAUCUUGUCCUUGUUCACCGAAGAUGUCAAGUUACGCCAUGACGAUCAGGUUCCCAAUGGCCCGCGAUUGACCAACAACGUCACCCACACACCCGAUUCGAAUGUUGCCAGCCCGACAAUAGAUCCACCGACACCAGGAUCGGCCGUCAAUGGCAUUCUAAGCGAAACACAGAAGGCCAGGCUACCUAGCGUUCCACCCUUGACCCUUGGAUCUGCCUUUGAUGAGCGUCAUUAUAAGAAUCAUCAGGUCAGACCUAAGCUUUCGGUUUCUGCGCAUCCCGAUAUCGUGGCAAGAGCAGUGGUUGACACCACAAUAGCCAUCAUCCCAGCAAGCGCAUUCCGACGCUUGACUCGGGUGUAUCCCAAAGCAACCGCCCACAUAGUUCAGGUGAUAUUGACGAGACUGCACCGAGUGACGCUGUCAACCGCCCAUCAGUAUCUAGGGCUGACCUCGGAGGUCCUGCAGAUCGAGAAGCUAAUGAAUAAAUUCACCAGCUAUGAUCUGCCGAACCACCUUCGCGGCCAAGCCCUUGACAGGUUACGGGAUAAGUUUGCAAAGGAACGAGAAAGGAUUGGUCCCGAGGAGGGGACGAAGGGGAUAGCAUUGCAUAAUCCGACGGCAGGUCGACGGAGGUCUUCAAGCGGACUCCGCAAGGAAGCCGCCACAAUAGCCAGGCUCAAUGCAGCAAAGGGGGUUGCCUCUUCUUCAGCACCCGAUUCCACGCGCCCAGGAGUAGGUGACAGAAAUGUCAGCUCAGGUGAUCUGCACGGUGCGUCGAGGCCAAGUCAGAGACCAACCAGUCUUCACCUCCGCUCUACUUCGAACUGGACGAGUAUGGGAGCCCCGGACAGGUUCCGGUUAGAUCUGAGCCCGAUGGGAAACCGUGAACAACAGCCUUUUCGUCAAUCUUCGUUCGGCAACGACAUCCCGCAUAGACAAGAUUCAAUUCAUGAAGACAGCUUGUUUCGCGAAUCUGUGUUGGAAUGCAUGGCAAAAGCUCUCGGAUUGAGCGACUCAGUAACCCAGGCCUUGAAAGGAGCGCCAGUCUCGGUAGAGCAGUCUCCACGGCUCGUUUCCUAUGACGCAAAACGCCAAACGGCCAUUUUCAAUAAUGCUUUUGGUUUCAUUGACCCCUACGAAGGCUCGGCUGAUGGUGAGUCGGAAUCUGUGACGGCUUCGGCGGCGAGUGUUGGCGGCCCGCCGUACAGUCGUACUCUGAACGAAGAAUUAAUAGACGACGUCGAGAUUGUCUUUUUCCCUAAGGGCUCUGUUUUGGUUGAGCAAGGCGAACGAAAUCCGGGCCUUUACUAUGUUAUCGACGGUUUCUUAGACGUUAGCAUCCCUGUCGAAGAGAAAGAAGAAAAGCAAGAAUCGGACGAUCGCCAUCGGUCGCGGAGAGGCUCGCGAGACGACACAUUCCCACGUCUUCGAAGAACCAAAACUUCCAAUUCCCGAACCCAGUCGACUGCUGGCUUUCCUGGUCAGCCCAAAGAGAACAAAAGGAUGGUGCAAAAAACAUUGUUUUUGGUGAAACCUGGCGGCAUCGCCGGCUAUGUUGGGACCCUGUCGUCCUAUAGAUCGUUUACAGAUGUGACGGCGAAAACGGACGUCUAUGUGGGUUUCCUGCCUCGAUCGGCCUUGGAAAGGGUUGCUGAGAAAUAUCCCAUUGUCCUGUUGACGAUGGCAAAGCGGCUCACCAGUCUGCUCCCAAGACUGAUUUUGCAUAUUGACUUUGCUCUUGAGUGGGUACAAGUCAAUGCCGGUCAGGUCAUCCAUCAUCAGGGGGACGAUAGCGACGCCAUCUACAUCGUCCUCAACGGACGACUGAGAGCGGUCCGUGAGCUUGAAGGGGGAAAUAUGCGGGUGACAGGAGAAUACGGCCAAGGCGAGAGCAUUGGAGAGUUGGAGGUUAUGACCGAUGGCACGAGGCCUGCCACCCUUCACGCUAUACGUGACACGGAGCUGGCCAAGUUCCCGCGAAGCCUCUUUAACAGUCUGGCACAGGAGCACCCCAAUAUCACCAUCCAAAUCUCGAAGUUGAUCGCACAGCGUAUGCGAGCGCUUAUCGAAGCUCCGUUGACAGAAAAAGGUCAAGAGAGGAAGAGAGCCGCAUUGAGUGACUCAAGUACAUCUACUCUAAAUCUCCGAACGAUAGCGGUGUUACCUGUCACAGUCGGGGUUCCAGUCGUUGAAUUUGGGAACCGGUUGCUGGCAGCAUUGAGCCAGACCGGGAUGCCAAAUGGCGUUACGUUGCUGAACCAAGCCAUCAUCCUCAACCAUCUCGGCCGACACGCCUUCAAUCGCAUGGGUCGUUUAAAACUAUCACAGUACCUUGCCGACCUCGAAGAGAAAUACGGAAUGGUGCUGUACAUUGCAGAUACCAAUGUAAAUGCCCCUUGGACCCAAACUUGUAUCUCGCAAGCAGACUGCAUUCUGCUGGUUGGCUUGGCUGAGAGCUCACCAAGCAUUGGUGAGUACGAGCGAUUCCUUCUGGGAAUGAAAACAACUGCCCGGAAGGACCUGGUCCUACUCCACGUCGACCGAUAUUCGCAACCGGGCUUGACCAGGAAAUGGAUGAGUAAUCGAAUGUGGAUCAACGGUGGUCACCAUCAUAUCCAGAUGGCAUUUCGUGUGAGCCCGGAGGCUACGCCUCAUGCUCCGCCUAGAAAGUUUGGUUCAGCAAUCAAGCAAAGUGUCCAAGUCAUUCAGGCAGAGAUACAGAAGUACACCUCUCGCAGAGUCCGCCAAGCUCCACUAUAUUCAGCUGACACUCCUUUCAAAGGCGACCUGCAUCGACUUGCGAGACGACUCUGCGGCAAAUCAGUUGGGUUGGUCCUUGGUGGGGGCGGCGCGCGCGGCAUUUCACAUAUUGGGGUCAUCAAAGCUCUAGAAGAGGCAGGCAUACCCAUCGACAUCGUUGGGGGUACUUCGAUCGGUGCAUUCUUGGGAGCGCUCUAUGCUCGCGACGCAGACGUUGUGCCUAUGUACGGACGCGCGAAGAAAUUCGCCGGGCGGAUGGGCAGUAUGUGGCGGUUCGCACUGGACCUAACUUAUCCCUCGGCCGCAUAUACCACAGGUCACGAGUUCAACCGUGGCAUGUUCAAGGCCUUUGGGGAUUCGCAGAUCGAAGACUUCUGGUUGCCUUUUUACUGCAAUACGACAAACAUCAGCAAAUCUCGCGCCGAGAUCCACACGUCGGGCUAUGCAUGGAGGUAUGUGAGGGCAAGCAUGUCCCUCGCCGGCCUUAUCCCGCCGAUCUGCGAUGAAGGCAGCAUGCUCCUCGACGGUGGAUAUAUCGACAACCUGACCGUCCAACACAUGAAAUCUCUUGGAACAGAUCUCGUAUUCGCAGUCGACGUCGGCGCCGUGGACGAUGAUACCCCGCAACAAUACGGAGACACCCUCUCCGGCUUCUGGUCCCUGCUCAACCGAUGGAAUCCUUUUUCUUCGAUACCUAAUCCUCCUACGUUGUCCGACAUCCAGGCUCGUCUCGCUUAUGUUUCCUCGGUCGACGCGCUCGAACGGGCAAAAGCUACGCCAGGUUGUAUAUACAUGCGUCCUCCCAUUGAAGCCUAUGGGACGUUGGAGUUCGCGAAAUUUGACGAGAUAUACGAGGUCGGGUAUAGUUAUGCAAAGGAAUUCCUUGCGAGAUUGAGGAGUGAAGGGGAGCUGAAUGGCAUUAUUGAUGCUUGGGUGGGUGCGAGUGACGAGGGGAAGAAGAUGUUGAGGGCGAUGGCGCCGAGACGGGCGAGUAUUUGA